UAGCGCGCUGGUAGUUGCUAAGACCAGCUGGCUCGCGUCGUGACGGGAGGAGUGGCUACGAGGGGAGGAAAUCAGCCAGCUAGGUGGUGAGAGUGACGGGUUAGUGGCUGGCAGGGACGGGUGUGUUAGUCAGCUUCCCCGGGGCUACAGGAACUGACGGACGUGUUAGUGACAGGCAGGAAAUGUGUGUAGUGAUUCCAACAUGACAUGUGUGGAGCAUCACCAGCCUUCCUUCACCUCCACCCUGCACACCCCACUUGAGCAGGUGCAUUAGUGGAACACAGUUACAAAGAGUUGUUGAGUGAAUGAUGCGUGAUCUGUACAAUGCCCUGCCACUGCCCGAUGACAGACCAAUUACAUCUGUGUGUGUGGUGGAGGAGCUGUCAGGGUGUCCACCAAACUACACUGCUGUUUCCAAGACCCACGACCAAGACAUAGAUGCAGACCUAUAUAAGGAUGGCUUCUUCCGGCGGGUGACUCGGUACCUCUGUCACAGCAAGGUGGAUGGCUACAUGGGCUAUGUGGUGGAGCACAUGGCCAUUGUUAAUGACCGCGACUCCCGCCCCACAGGAUACACCAUCGUGGAACAGACCUUUGAUACCAGUCAGAAGGCAUUCAAGAAGAAACAGCUGUGCUACAAGCAGGUGCCUCAAAACAUGGCCUCACAAACCAUCACCGACAUAAUCAUCCUCAGCCGCUCCAAGAUGGCUCCUGAGGGCUUCUCUCUAGUGGGGGAGAUGAACGGCUUGUGUAUCUGUGUCAAGUGUGGCCCAGCACCUGCCCCCGGCUUCAACAAGUCUGGGGGACAGCUGGCCUCUUCUGCCCUUCCUUAUGGGAUGGAUCCCAGGCGAGGGAUGAGUGCAGGAGGGGAAGGUGGUGGUGGGGGAGGGGGCAGAAUGUAUCCUGGUCUGAUGCCAACUAGACCUGCGCCAGAUCUGCCUCCCGUCACUGGCAGUCCAGGUCCCGGCCGGCCACAGGGUCCCGCUCCUCCACUACCUCCCCGUGUCAUGAGGUACCCAGCCCCUCACACCCCCUCCCCCACACACCAUGCCAUGGCUCACACAGACACCAGCACUCUCUAUGGGCCAGGACAGUCAGCUCUCUUUGGGGUACCUUUUGUGCUCAACAAGAAGUAUGUUAAGUCUGGUGACAGUGCCACUGCCAACAUCCCAACCUUCAGCAAGAAAAACAGACAACAGAUAGAAGAUGAGUUCUACUACAACUUCACUCUGGAGCAAGACAUUGUGCAGCGACCUUCCACCACCUGAGGGAGCUCCCUGCCUCCCUGUGCCAGCCUGCACAUGCUCUCCACCACAUACUCCUCCCUGUGCUCCUUUCAUCUGUUUGGUGACUCACUCACUUUCUCCUUCCUAUACCUCAGAUUUGUCAGUCAGCUCUUACAUGAAAUAUUGCUCGUCACUUUUAAAUUUAAGGUUUUUAAGUUGGUAUCUAAAUUAAUCAGGGGUUCAGAGCCAGUUAUUGAUUUUUUUUGUCUUUUACAUCUUGACUUAAGUUUUUUUGUCAUGUUAGUAGAACAUCACCACUUUACAAUCAGUAAUAUUAGAUUCUGUUCCCAUCUAUAUCCCAGUCAGGGGCAGAGUGAUGUUGCUGGUGUUUUCUGCUAGGAAGUCGUAAAUCUUAGAUGAAUUUACAAGAUGUUGCCAAAAUAUAGUUCACAAAGACUGGAACAUUUAUGAUAAAAAUGGUCAAGAUCACACAUCUUACAUAGGAUUAAGGUCGUCUAUUUUUACCGGCAUGAAAUAACUGGUGUAUGCAUCAGAUUGCGAUGGAUUGUGAGACACAUCACCUCAAAGAAGAAUCACUGGCAGGGUUUAUUAUGAAUCAUGUGAUACGUGGCCAGAUGAGUGUCAGCCUUCAUGCAGACUACUACAUGUUCAGGAGGUUGGCAGUGCCAUGUUCAAACCACUUCUCAUGUAUGACAAAUUCUUCCUGUGACUAAGCAAUCAUUUUCAUCACAUGCACUCAAGAUUGCCUGCUGCUGCUGGUGUGUUAGGAUUUGCAGAGUCCGUGUACUCAGUUUGGCAAGAAACUUUUUUUUCACUAACUUAACUUAGUGUGGAUUAUACUUAAUUUUUAUUGGCUUAGCUGGAUCAGCCUUUAUAUGAUUUUUAUUUUUACUUUAUUUAUUGUAUCUACUUAGGCUUGUUAUACUAUAUGCAUACCAUUUUAUGAAACUUGACAUUACUUGGCUAUCUUUUGUUGCCCAUUAAACACUAAACAAAGAAAAUAACAUCUUGAUUUGGUCUGAUGAGGUGUGCUAGACAAAUGGAAUUACUGAUUUCUUAUCUUUAUUGCUAAUGUCAUGUUUCUAUGCAAAGUCAAGACAGCUAUUUUCAUAAAUAAUUUCUUUUUUCUCUACCAUAGAGGAUAAUGUUGGGUUUAGGAUAAUGUUGGGGUGUGUGCCAUAUGUUUUGCUGCUGCUUAUAUUCUAUGGGGAAAUCACACUCCUUCACCAUAAACAAAAACAAUUACAACAACUGGAAGGUCUACAUUUCUGGAUGGAACCAACCAGUUUUCUUCCUGGAGUAAUAUAUACAAAAUGUUACUUGUAUGCACAUAAAUGAACAACACUACUCUAUAUAUCAGUAGAUUUUUAAAAGUUAAAUUGAUAGUAAGGAAACCAUUUCAAAGCCAAAAUUAAAAGGGGUAACAUACUUGCUUGACUCUGCUGGAUGUUAGCCACGGCUGGUGUGAAUAACAUGCUGCUGUAGAGGCUGAUCCAUGCACACAUGGCAUUAAUGUUCAUUUUGCUGCCAUACACUACAAGAACAACAGUGCAGUCACUUAUAUGCUAGGUAUUUUAGACCCCAUGCAGCAUUGUUUUUUACAAACAUCUUCUAAAUAUGCUUUGGUACAGUUUGUUUGACACUGUUCCCCAAUUUAUGGCACUACAGUGAAUUGCCACAUGUUUCUUGGAGUGUACGCUUGGGUUUGAAGACAAGGCUGCAAGAGCCAAGAUGAUUUAACUUUUUCCCCUUCCAUCCCUCUUAUCCCUUAUUGUUUUUACACCUCCAUCCUAUCCCUUACCCUUUUAAACAUCUCUUAAUACAUCACUUCAGCCACCCCUCAUCUGCAUAUCUACUCAGCUCUUGCCAGCUUUAUCCUCAAAACCCAAAAGUAAUCCACUUGAUGAAACACACUUUGUAAUGCACUGUAGUGAAUUAGUGACCAGUCUCAGACAAGCUGGAUCAAAAUGGCAUGUUGAUCCAACUAUUUGAUUUGAAGAUAUCUGAAGAAAAAUGAAGCUAUAUGUGGUCUGAAAUGCAUAGUAACAACAUACCAGAGUAAAAUUCAUCAUGAAGGGUGUUUGCUGAGCAAGGCAUCCCACAUGCACAACCACAAGAAUUACUUGAAGAUGAAUUUAGUAGCCUUCUAGGCUCUCCUGAAGAUGAAUUUAGUAGCCUUCUAGGCUCUUGUUUUAUAAUAUUUGGUUUUGUUACAAAGAUGCCAAUGACAACCAGGGACCAAGCUUGAGUUGAUCACAAGUGUUUCAUGUAUUCUGUAAAAUAUCCAGCUUGAAAGAUGAGUGUUUGUGAAUGUUUGCAAUUUACUAUACAUUGAAAGGCAUGCAUUCUCAUUUUGUAAAAAUGUAGCCUCAGUCACACACUGGAAGGAGCAGGAAAGAUUUAUAGUUUGUUAGGAAAAAAACAACCAAAAAUAUUUAUUAUGGCCUGCAGGAAAAGACAACCAGAAAUACUUAUUGUGGUCCCCUUGCAGUCUAAACCAAAGUGUCAUUUGAGAAAUAUGUUGUGCAGAAUAAAUUCAUAAAUAGUUUGUAAUAACUGGAUAAAAAAGAGAUGGGGAGACAGUGACGAGUGUUUGUUGAUAGGAUGUGAUCAACAACUGGUCAUAUAUGUAUUGUAUAUGGCUGAGCUAUGGUGGGAGAGAGAGAGAGAGAGAGAGAGAGAGAGAGAGAGAGAGAGAGAGAGAGAGAGAGAGAGAGAGAGAGAGAGAGAGAGAGAGAGAGAGAGAGA